AUGAAGCAAAGACAAAGUGAAAUAUCGUCGUACGACUCGGAUGAAGUGCCCAGCAAUAUUUCGUCGAAAUUGGAUCCCUCGUUGUCGCCAGUGACGCGUCGCAAACACGAAUUCCGGUUGGCGCGAUUGCAAUCGGAGGUGAUGACACGUGCACGAUCGACACUUUUCGGCUUGGGUGACGUCUGGAAGUCAAAAGUAAAUGGAUCUGCAUCGACCCCCACAUCGCCCGUACCCCCCUCAAGCAUGGGUCAAAUGACAACGCCGCCUCCGCGCAGUCCCAAAUCCAACCAAAAUGCCGUCAAAAAUACGUUCGAGUUCUUUUUUCCGCGCAAAAACAAGGAUUCCGUGAAAAUUCGCAAGGGAAACAGCGAAAAUAAUCUCGUUUUGUCGCAAAAACCGGCAAAAAUCGGAAAACGCAGUAGUGAUAGAAGCAGUGAUAGGAUGCCGAAAAAGCCAGAUCCAAAGGCAAAGUCGCAGCAACAGCAAAAACGAGGCGUUGACGAUCGCGGCAGACGUCUUUCGCGCAACCAAAGUGUCGACAUGAGCGAAAUGGCGUACAAAAAGAACGGAAAUCACGCAAAAGACAGGUCAGAUGUGCUGAGCAGGUCCUUUGACGAUGGCAUUCAUUACUUGUCGGAUAGCGAUGAGUUCCGCCCGCGUUCGUACAACGACACUUUUAGCUUUUUGGAUGACUUUGACAACGAAACGCGGUCCAUUUAUGACGGCGACACGCUGAAACGACGCAAAACGGGCGAAAAACCGGUCUCGCCGCGCCAUAUCUUGUUCAACGACGAAGACGAUGUGAUUUUUUUCAAGACAAGUUCGUGUCCCGACAAAUCCGCGAAAAAGUCGGAGAGGUAUUACGAUCAGGCGUCUGUUGUAAAGCCGACGAAAGACAUCCCCGGCAUCCUCCAUACGAGAAAUAGCUCAAAAGAUCGUCAUGGCAGCCCGCGACGAACGAAUAACGCGAAAGAUUUCGCGGCGCAAAGCAAUCAGGAGAAGAUUAUCAGUGCCCGAUUGAAGAUUCAACCGCCUGGAAGUCAAAAUCAGGAGGCGACCAAACAAAAAGUAUUAAAAAAUGUCGAUCAUGACCCGUAUUUGGACUCACCGUCGAACGACUUUUAG